GCUGGUAACAUCGGCUCCCAGAAGAACCCCGCCGUCGACGCUGCCUCGCUGGUCACGCCAACGAUCAAAUCGUCGACCUACACGACCGGUCGCGGGGGGACAGGCAAUAUGGCGCAGAAUGACCCGAAUGGUGAGUUUGAGAAACCCUGGAGAGAAAGUCAGAGGAGGAUGUCAAGGACAUGAGAGAAGGAAGUAGAUAAGGGGAAAGAAUCAGGAAGAUAGAGAAGUUUACAAAAUAGUGAAGGAGAGCAUGAGAAGGAGGAGCAGGAGAAGAAGUACAAGAUCAAACAAUCCCAUCUGUCGAAUAGUACACAAGAAUGGUUUCGAAAAAAGCUCAGCAAGCAUCCUCUCAACUAACAAACCCCAUCAUCCCCCAGAUCCCGCCUCCGCCCGCCUAGCCCAAGACGUCGACACCCCGAAAGCCCACGACCGCGAAGUCAAGGGCACCUACCACUGGGGCCGCGGCGGCGAAGGCAACAUGAUGACCGUCGGCGGCGGCACCAAAGUCACCGAGACCGAAGGAGCAGCAGCGCGGCCUUCAAGCGCUCUCCGGACCGCCAGUCGGGAUCUCUCGGCCGAGCAGAGACAAGGAACAAGGCGGUCGGGUAGUUUCCACGCCGCGGUGGAGAAAGGGAAAGAGCUACUGGGGUUGGGGUCGAAGAAGGAGCGGGAGGCACAACAGGCGGCGUCAGAGAAUGCAAUUGAGUGAAGUUAAUCAUAGAGAGAGAAAGUUUGAGUGAGAUCGUACUCUUUGAUUUGUCUUUUCUUCAUAUAUCUAUUUGAUUCUUUUUGGGGGUGGGGCUUGCUUCUUGUUCUCGCUCUCGCAUGCAUAAAUUGAGAGUCUAGACGGAAAACAGCUACUCUACAAGUAACUUCGGCCUCAAUGUGGUCGCAAUCAUCAUAUUUCUGCAUCAUACUCAAUCGCUCUUCGUCCUGCUGCUGCGAUUCGGCUUGUCCGUCGUUGCCAUGAAAAAGCU